ACGGGUUACGAACACAUGGCUCUGACGUCAUUUUCACUUCCGUCCUUCGUGUCAACAUGGCGGCUUCCAUGGUUUCUCAGGCUGCCCUAAGAGGACUGCAAUUAUCAAGCUCAAAACAUCUUUUCCUAGACAAAUUCAAGGGUUCCCGGCUGAGCUCCAGGCGAUGGCUGAACCUGCAGGAGUACCAGAGCAAGAAGCUGAUGGAGCAGAGCGGCGUGGCCGUCCAACGCUUCUACGUGGCCGGCACGGCCUCCGAGGCUCUGGAGGCAGCCAAGAGACUGAAUGCGAAGGAGAUCGUGCUGAAGGCCCAGAUCCUAGCCGGUGGCAGAGGGAAGGGCGUGUUCGAUAGCGGCCUUAAAGGUGGAGUGCACUUAACCAAAGAUCCCACGGUGGUGGGGGACUUGGCGAAGAAGAUGCUGGGCUUCAACCUGAGCACCAAGCAGACACCAAAGGAGGGAGUCAAGGUCAAAACGGUGAUGGUGGCCGAGGCCCUGGACAUCACCCGCGAGACCUACUUCGCCAUACUGAUGGACCGCUCGUGCAACGGGCCGGUCAUGGUGGGCAGCCCCCAGGGAGGCAUGGAUAUCGAGGAGGUGGCCGCCAGCACCCCGGAGCUCAUCUUCAAGGAAGUCAUCGAUAUAUUCGAGGGAGUUAGAGAGGAUCAAGCACUACGCAUGGCAUUCAAUUUGGGUUUCAAGGGACCUCUGGAGAGACAGGCGGCAGAUCAGAUUAAGAAGCUCUAUGAUCUCUUCCUGAAAGUCGACGCCACUCAAGUCGAAGUGAAUCCUCUGGGAGAGACUCCCGAAGGACAAGUGGUUUGCUUCGACGCCAAAAUCAACUUUGACGACAACGCAGAGUUCCGUCAAAAGGCGGUGUUUGCCAUGGACGACAUGUCGGAGAGCGACCCCACCGAGUCGGAGGCGGCCAAGUGGGACCUGAAAUACAUCGGACUGGACGGAAACAUCGCCUGUUUCGUGAACGGAGCCGGGCUGGCCAUGGCGACCUGUGACAUCAUCGACCUGCAUGGAGGAAAGCCUGCCAACUUCCUGGACCUGGGGGGCGGAGUCCAGGAGAGACAGGUGUACGAAGCGUUCAAGCUGCUCACCGCCGACCCAAAGGUGGAGGCCAUCCUGGUGAACAUCUUCGGGGGCAUUGUGAACUGCGCCAUCAUCGCUAACGGCAUCACCAAGGCUUGCCGCGAGCUGGAACUCAAGGUGCCGCUGGUGGUUCGGCUCGAAGGGACCAACGUUCAGGAGGCCAAGAGGAUCCUGGCCGAGAGCGGCCUGCCCAUCACGUCUGCCGAGAACCUGGACGACGCCGCCAAGAAGGCAGUGGCCGCCAUUAAGAAAUAGUGGUCAUUAUUGGGGAAUAGGUGGCCACCAUUAAGGAAGAGUGAUUGCCAUUGAGAAUAGUGGCCACCAUUGAGAGAAAAUGGCCACCAUUGAUGCACAGUGACCACUGUUGAUGAAUAGUGACCACUGUAGCAAAAAUGGUGGCUCUGCCAUUGCCUUUGCCUUAAAACUGUGAUCCACCUCAACCAGCAGCUUAAUUAUGCUCAGCAGCCUUGUAUCAAAGGCCUCACCCAAUCAAGAACCCUGGCUCAUUUCACUGCCUCAGACCUAACUUAACAUUCGGGGUGAUGUUCUUAUCUUAGAAUUUCGAUGCAGCUGCCCGACAGAAAAAAAGUUGUUUGUCUCUGGCUGCUAUGAUUAAAGCCAUUUUAUUAAUCACAUUGAUUCUAGAUGAAAUAUAAUUUUGUAAUCAAACAGGACCACUAUUGAUCCGUCGAAUACCUGCCCUUACUGAAAGGCAUCUAAUAAGCACUCUCACUCUUGCUGCAUAGUGCUCAUUCUUUAGGGAUAGUAAUUGGUAAGUUCAAUCAUUUAUUUUACUUUUUGUGAUGUUUUGCAUUUUAGUGCAUCUGAAGAAAUAUGUAUAAAAUACCAAUUGCCAGACAGACGUGUAAUCAUUGUGUGGCAAUUAAAUCAAAGCAGAAGGAUAAGCACAGGGCCACAUCGUGCUUAGUUUGAGUGGAGAUGGGUAUUGCUUUGUGUGAGCUGUGAAGUAACAUUGAUCUGCCAGGGAAGAUCCACAGCAAGUUAAUGCCAAAAUAAGCCAACAAUUAGUGUUUUAUAUUGUCUCUGAAGCUAUGUGUAACAACUGCUAUCCUCUGUAAAAACAUACCGGGUUUUGCUGGUAAAGGGCUGCUUCAGUCGGUGGUAAACCUCUUGUGGUUGCACAUUGUCUUAUAUUGUCUUCUUGACUAAGGUAAAUUAUGUUAUUGUAGGUUUGCCAACUCAUGAAGUCACAGGAGAAAUGUAUUGCAGCUCCACUCGGAGACGAGCUUUAAAACGUUACCAUUGUUUAUUUGUCUUAAUCCUAAAUCUAUCGGGGUGAAUUGGGAUAUCAUUGUUGCAGUGACCAAACUAAGUACUUAACCGGACAGAUUAAUAAAAGUGAAUACCUCAGAA